CCCUUUGUUCUCGCGCGCUCCCCCUGGCCGCCCACUCCCCUGCUGUCGCGCGGCGGCGGCUCCUCCCGCCCGAGGCAGUCGGGCUCUGCGCCGGGGGCGGGAGGGGGCGGGGGGAGCGUGCCUGCCGCCGGGAGUGGGGGGCGAUGGCGAAGCUCCGGGUGGCUUACGAGUACACGGAAGCCGAGGACAAGAGCAUCCGGCUCGGCUUGUUUCUCAUCAUCUCCGGCGUCGUGUCGCUCUUUAUCUUCGGUUUCUGCUGGCUCAGUCCCGCGCUGCAGGAUCUGCAAGCCACGGCGGCCAACUGCACGGUGCUGUCGGUGCAGCAGAUCGGCGAGGUGUUCGAGUGCACCUUCACCUGUGGCGCCGAUUGCAGGGGCACCUCGCAGUACCCCUGCGUCCAGGUCUACGUGAACAACUCCGAGUCCAACUCCAGGGCGCUACUGCACAGCGACGAGCACCAGCUCCUGACCAACCCCAAGUGCUCCUAUAUCCCUCCCUGUAAGAGAGAAAAUCAGAAGAACUUGGAAAGUGUCAUGAAUUGGCAACAGUACUGGAAAGAUGAGAUUGGUUCCCAGCCAUUUACUUGCUAUUUUAAUCAAUUUCAAAGACCAGAUGAUGUGCUCCUGCAUCGCACGCAUGAUGAGAUUGUCCUCCUGCAUUGCUUCCUCUGGCCCCUGGUGACAUUUGUGGUGGGCGUUCUCAUUGUGGUCCUGACCAUCUGUGCCAAGAGCCUGGCAGUCAAGGCAGAAGCCAUGAAGAAGCGCAAGUUCUCUUAAAGGGGAGUCGCCUUAUGGGAAGCAAAGCACAGAAGCUGCACUCAUCUGCACACAUCUACCUGCAGAGCCUGCUUCCUGGCGCAGGAGAUGGAAGGGGCUGUGAGAGGUCUCUGAGAGGCUCCCCCUCAGUGAUAGCAGAAACAGGCACAACCGGAAGGCUUGGAACCUCAUAGAUUGUUUUCCAUGUGUUGUAGCGAUGGCUAAAGGGUCAAGCUGAAAGGAGUAUCUGUUUCAGAAAAUCCAAUAGAAGUUAAUUUUCUUCGGGAAGUAAUAGUAUAUAAUUGUACAGUGUAGAAUACAAACCAUUAUGAUUUAUGCUACUUAAAAAUAUUAAAAGAGAGUUGUCUGUG